UGUUCGAGUAUACAACCGGUCGCCUCCCUCAUCAUAAAUGGAGAAUUUGGAUGGUCUUCUCCUUCACUAUACUCCUAUCUGAUUGGUAUAAAUGCAUCAAAUCCAUUUAGUGAGGUCGUUUCUUGUUUGAUUUCGAUUCGUGUUGAUGGAAAGAAUCGGUGUGAGCGACUGAUCACUCAUCUAGGGUUAGGGUUACGACUUCGUCUUCUUCGUUUCAGGGUGUUAAUAUUCUAAGUGGUGAAGAAGUUGCUAUGAAGCUGAACACAACUCUGUUCAGGUUAUUAUGGAACAAAGGUCUUCAGGAUAUUGUUCAGUAUGGUCCAAUCGCUCGCAUUGAUCUGAAAGUCCCACCAAGACCCCCUGGUUAUGCUUUUGUUGAGUUUGAAGAGGCUCGUGAUGCUGAGGAUGCUAUCCGGGGCCGUGAUGGCUAUGAUUUUGAUGGGGAUAAAUUAAGGGUGGAACUUGCUCAUGGUGGCCGUGGUAACUCAUCUUCUACUGACCGUCAUGGUACUUAUGGUGGUGGAGGUGGUGGUGGUCGGGGUGCUUAUGGAGUUUCAAAAAGAUCCGAUUACCGAGUUUUGGUCACUGGGUUACCCUCUUCUGCUUCAUAGCAAGACCUUAAAGGUCAGUAUGGACUUUAUAUUGAUCACAUGCGUCGAGCUGGAGAUGUUUGUUUUUCGCAAGUUUUCAAGGUAGGCGGCGGUACCACAGGGAUUGUGGACUAUACAAACUAUGACAACAUGAAAUAUGCUAUACGGAAAUUAGAUGACUCCGAGUUCCGGAAUGCAUUCUCUCGUGGAUUUAUACGCGUGAAGGAGUAUGAUUCAAGUCGCUCUAGGAACCGCAAUCGUAGCCGUAGCUAUAGCCGUAGUCGCAGGUUCUUGGAAUGAGGCCGCGUGAUGGUCGUAGGUUUGUACAAGCUUCUUGCAGUUCCUGUUGACCCGGAUGAGUUACAGAAAGACGGGUCAACAGGAACUGCAAGAAAAGCGCUUAACUUCAGAGAUUCGGAAUAAGCUAGCAACAAUAAAAACGGGACCCACGAUCGAAACCUAGAGAGUGCGGUGUGGAUGAUAAAGAGAUCUUGUUAUUAAAAGAGGCCUUGGCUAAAUUAGAAGACGAAAAAGAAGCAGGAUUAAAGCAGUACAUCGAGAGUUUGGAUAAAUUAGCGAAACCCGAGAACGAGAUUUUAAAAUCGCAAGAAGAAUCUAGCAAACUCGCCGAUCGUGCGAGUAAAGCCGAGGUUGAAUCGCGGGAAUUGAAAGACGUGUUGCAAAAGUUAGAAGCAGCAAAAGAGGAAAGUCCUGAGCAUUAUCGUCAGGCGCAAAAGAAAAUCGAGGAAAUUAACGAGCAAAAUUUGAAGGAAGAAAUCGAUAUACAGAAAACGGAACGGGAUGCGGCGUAUGAUCAGUAUAAACAAUCGUUGAAUUCGAUAUCGGAUUUGGAAAAUAAGUUACAAGAAGCAGAGACGGAAAUCGAAACGUUAAAGCUAGCGAUUGCGAUUUAACCGAAGAGAAAGACGCGCAAACGGUUUUAUACCAGAAAUGCAUGGAGCCCAUUGCGAGUCUGGAACUUCGACUUGUAUGUGCACAAGAAGAAACAGAAAGGCUGAAAACCGAAAUCGAUAACGGAGUUUUACGUUUAAAGGAAAAAAUGGUAGACGAACAAUCAAUAAGAAACUUGUAUAAAAGAUAAAUUGACUAAGACAACACAUUACAAAAGUUGUAAUAUGGUAGAGAUGCCAAAGUUAUUUGUUUGCAUAGGCGGAUAAUGAGAACUGCACCUAAUAUUUUAUAAUUUUUAUUGUUUUAAGGUUUGAAUUA